GUGUGCCGGCGCGGGUCUGGCUUCUCCUUUUGCGCGUCUCCAUCCCCCGGCGGAGGUUAUGAUGGUGCAUUGUGCGGGCUGCGAGAGGCCGAUUUUGGACCGGUUCCUACUGAACGUCUUGGACAGAGCAUGGCACAUCAAAUGCGUCCAGUGCUGCGAGUGCAAGUGCAACCUGACCGAGAAAUGCUUCUCCAGGGAAGGGAAACUCUACUGCAAAAAUGACUUUUUCAGGAGGUUUGGUACCAAAUGCGCCGGCUGCUCCCAAGGGAUCUCCCCCAGCGACCUCGUCCGGAAAGCCCGGAAUAAAGUCUUUCACCUGAACUGUUUCACCUGCAUGGUCUGCAACAAGCAGCUCUCCACGGGCGAGGAACUCUAUAUCAUCGACGAGAACAAAUUUGUUUGCAAAGAGGAUUAUUUGAACUCUCCCAGUUUGAAGGAAGGCAGCCUCAACUCAGAGGCAAAGCUCCCAUUUGACUUCCUUGGAAGCUGUCUCUGCGUCAGGAGAGCAGGGCCAGGCCCCCUCCUGCUGUCCCAGCCAUGCCGGGCGCCCCUGCUCACCCCCUUCCGUGGGCUCUCUCUCCGUCCAGCACCCGGGGCCGGAUCCUGCCACGCCAGUCAGUGGGGCCGCUGCUGUGAGCGAGUGUCCUCAUGUACAGACAGGAGUUUGUCCCCGGAUCUCCAGGACCCCAUGCAGGACGACACCAAGGAGACGGACAACUCGACCUCCUCGGACAAGGAGACCACCAACAACGAGAACGAGGAGCAGAACUCGGGCACCAAGAGGAGGGGGCCCCGCACCACCAUUAAAGCCAAGCAGCUGGAGACCCUCAAAGCUGCCUUCGCCGCCACCCCCAAACCCACCCGCCACAUCCGAGAGCAGCUGGCCCAGGAGACCGGCCUCAACAUGAGAGUCAUCCAGGUCUGGUUCCAGAACCGUCGGUCGAAGGAGCGGCGGAUGAAGCAGCUGAGCGCGCUGGGCGCCCGCCGACACGCCUUCUUCCGCAGCCCCCGCAGGAUGCGGCCCCUCGGCGGCCGCCUCGACGAGUCCGAGAUGCUCGGCUCGACCCCCUACACGUACUACGGAGAUUACCAAGGUGACUACUACGGACCGGGAGGCAACUAUGACUUUUUCCCCCACGGGCCGCCCUCCCAAGCCCAGUCCCCGGCCGACUCCAGCUACCUUCAGAACUCAGGACCCGGCUCCACACCCCUGGGACCCUUGGAGCCCCCCCUAAGCGGACACCACUCCUCAGAAAACCAAAGGUACACGGAUAUGAUCUCGCAUCCCGACACCCCCAGCCCCGAGCCGGGGAUGACCGGCUCGCUGCACCCCAUCCCGGGGGAGGUCUUCAGCGGGGGGCCCAGCCCCCCCUUCUCCAUGUCCAGCAAUAGCGGCUACAGCGGGGCUCUGUCGCACCCGAACCCGGAGCUCAGCGAGGCGGCGGUGUGGUAGGCCUGGCGUGGGCACGCGUGUGUGUGUGCAGGGGGAAAACGCCCCCUUCGUCCCCCCAGCCCACGCGUGUCCCCCCUCCCCUCACCCCGGACCAGGGCGCAUCACAUCACCACCGUCGGAUAAAGAGCCCCCUCCCGUGCCAAAACGCAUCCCUGCAUCCCCCCUCUGCCCUCCCCAUCUCUGCACCCCCCGGGACCUUGGGGCCACCCCGCUACCUCCCCCCUCCCGGCACCUUCCCCCCAACACUUGGGAGGGGAGCAAUGAAUGGUGCCCAGCCCUGAAGACCCCCGCCGGUGUCGGGACCACCUCUUGGACCAAAGCUGAACUCGCCUGGACACAGGUCCCACCGCCCCGGUGGCACCAGGGGAGGAGGGGCUGGGGCAGGGCUCCCCCCUGCUAAUUAGCAUCCUUUUUAAUUAUCCCCUGCCACGUCGUGGGAGGGGGGGAAUGGGGAACAGCAGGAAUAACCCCCGCGGCCCCUCUCCCUGCCCUUAUUUUUAUUGUUCCCAUUUUAUCCCCAAGGAGAAGGUGGGUUUGGACACGGUUUUUGGUGAUGGGGAGAAGGGGGGUCGUGGGGGGGCCAGGCCCAGGGCUGCCCCAGUGACUGACUGAGAUUGGGCUCCCACGUGGUGGAAAAGACACCAGAAAGAGGCAGAAACAGGAAAAACACAACAACAAAAAACCAAUAAACCCCAGAACUAAACCAACUCAACCACAACAGCAGAAAUUACACCUGAGCCUCGAUGCCGAGUCCCACCCCAACAAUUCCCAGAGGCUCCGACAAUUUAAGGAUGUAUUAUAGUUUUUGCUUCUAGUUUCUUUAUUUUGUAUAAAGGAGAAACAAAUAAAGUAUGUUUUUGUGUUUACUGAUUAUUUAUUGUACUUUAGUCAUCGGAGGCUCCGAAUUUUUCUAUUUUGAAGGCAGGGAGGGGGUGGCACCGGGGAGGGGGGUGAGAGGAUAGAGAAGGGGCAAUAAAAAAAGGAAGGAGAAUGGAAAAGGAAAGGAAAAAAAGUUGUUUUCUGAAAGCGUCGUGGGUUUCCUGUCCCCGCUGCCUCUUGCAGAGGCUGUUAGUGUGAAUGGCUCUUGUUGUUCAAUGUGAAUAAAAAACCUUUUAGUUACCUACUGUUCGGUCACCUGUCCCUUUCAUUUUAUUUUAUUUUGUUUUAUUUUUAAGACAAGACCACGAGCGUUGCUGGCAGGGCUGCCCUGCUCCACCAUUGUCCCCCAGCCCUG